AUGGCAUUGACGACUGAUUAUUCAAAUCUUAGCGAUGUUAUUUAUCAAGUGCCACAGUCUUCCUCUAUAUACCAGAAAGAGAAAUAUUAUACACAAAAACAAAAUGACCAUUUUUAUAAUAUUCAAAAAUUUAUGUGUUUAGGUAGUACCAUAAGUGAUGAUACAAAGUAUGAUGUUGAAAAAAUACUGAACGAAGGAAAUAAAAAAUGUAAAGAAAUAUUAACAGACACAUUUAAAGUUUUAGGUUAUAAAUACAGCACAACAAACAAUAAUGAUAACAUCAAGUUUAUCAACCUCUUUCACGACAAUUACUCUAACUUAUUCUAUUGCAUGCACUUACAUAAUGAUGAUAAAAAGUGCAAUUCUUUAUUCAAACAUUUUUAUGAAACUAUUAAUAAUAACAAUCUUCACGACAAGUAA